GGCACUGGAUUGAAUCCACCUCUGCCUCACGACCUCCCACCAGGCCACACGAGCAUAAUCUCCUCACACCAAGCCACCUUCCCCCUUCUCCCCAUCUCCAUCUGCCACCCAGUUGUUGAUAAUGAGGCAAACGUGUUUUCCCCUUUGUCCCCAUCUCCCUCUGCCACCAGCCCCUUGCAGCACUAUAUCCUCACGCCCAAAACCCUGUCACUCCUCAACCCUACCACGCUCUGCCCAUAUUGCGCCUCUGCCGCACGGGCUGCCACCAGCCACCAGCAGCAUCAAAUCCUUCUCCCCUUACCCCUAUAUGCUUCCCCUCAGGUGUGGACCAUGUGGGAGGCAUUAGACACCAAGACCCCACAGCUGGCGCUGGCGUUGGGUGGCUUCGGGCACACCCCUGACACAACCUCAUUGCACGACGAUGGAGUUGGACACGUGGAGCACAUCGGCAGGAAGCAGCAGGCGGGUGCAAGGCAGCAGUGGGUGGCACGUGAGCAAGGCAGCGAGGCAAAAGAGAGCACGUGGCGUUCACUCGCAAGCACCACGGCUGGACGUCCCACCCCAUUCGCAAUUCGACUCGCCAUGGAGCUGCCUCUCCCCCUGCGCGCAGAUAAGUACCCUCGCCUCGCGUCUCUUCCUCUCUCCAUUGCUCACCGCACUCGCCACUCAAUGCCAGCCCAAGGCGAACCUGCAGACCUCCCUGUCUCUUCCCCUACCUCUCACUCUCCCACCCACCCACCUCCUGUUCCUGGACUUCAACUCAUUCCUCCACGCCCCCCACUCCUCCUCCUCCCUCCCCUUCCUGCCCGCCCUCACCGCUCUUCCUGCCAGCCCAGCGCAAGGCGAGCAGCAAGCGAGGGGAGUGCAGCAGGCGAGGAGGGAGGCGAGGGGGGCGCCAAGGGCGGGCAGCAGGGCAGCAGGGCAGCGGGGCAGCAGCGCCGGGCCUCAUGGACGGUCGAGGUUGCAAGUAUCGCCCCUGCCACCACACUCCACAAGGGCCCCACUUCCCCCUGGUUCAGGUCCAUUCUUUCAACCCCUCCCCACCGCGCCCACUCUGCAUCAACGGUUGAGGUUGCAGUAUCGCCCCUGCCACCACACUCCACUCGAGCCCACUCCCCCUCAGGUGCAGGUCAGUCCCUUCAAGCCCCGCUCGCCCUGCCAACUCUCCAUUGA